CAUAGCUUGAUGGGAAGGCUGUAGAAAAACAAAAGUGGUUUCACUUUCAGCUUGUAGAAAAUAUUUUGACGAUAAAUGCUCCCAAAUCUUAAAUCUGAAAGACUUCAUAUUCGGACUAGUGUUGGCUGUAGGUGUAUCCUGCGACUGGGAAGUGUUAGAUGUUUCCUGGGACAAGAAAUAAAGGAUUUUACCGCACUCCUGUUAGCAAAAGUUUCUUAAUACUCACUGGAUCAGCCUCCUUGCUUAACAUAUUCCUUGCCUCAUCAACUGCCAACAAGUUUCUUUCUACUUCUCAUUGGCUCCAUCUAGUGCAACAUGCCAAGGUCUGGCAAUUCUUCAGCUCAACCAUUUCUUUUUCCUCAACUCGGGACUUGAUUUGCGGCUCACUAUUGCUCUACUGGUUUCGGGUUUUGGAAAGGAGGUUUGGUUCCAAGAAGUUUUGUUGCCAUGUCUUUGCAAAUAGUGUUAUUGCGGCAGGACUUCAGCUAGUAACAGUGUAUGGAUUGAGGUCAUUUGGGCAUGAGCUGGGAGCCCUUCCAUCAGGACCAUAUGGCGUGAUCUUUGCAUUUCUAGUCUAUUACUACCUGGAUGUCCCAAGUGUAGAUGCUGCUAUAACUGUACUGGCCUUGCCCAUUUCUAGCAAAAUCCCAAGCUACUUUCUUGCUCUGCAGUUGCUGUUUACUACCAAGGAAUCCCUUCUAGCUGGAACAUGUGGUAUAGUCUCUGGCUUGCUUUACAAACACAACUUUGCUUACGUGCAGCAGUGGCUCAAAAUUCCUGAUAUAUUUACUGGGCUGUGCUCAAGAAUGCUUGGGAGGUAUUUUGAAGAGUCAACUUUGGAGCCGCGGCAGGCUUUCCCUAUGGGUGCCACCCUGGAGAUUCAGGAACAGCAACGGAUGGAGUUAUAUGAGCAGCAGAUCAUGAGACGAAUGGCAGCACAAGCCAAUAUUGGACAUCCCCAGAACCGUGCUAGAGCAGGCCAAGGCUAUUCUGAGGUGAUGGUUCCCGCAGGAGGGCUUGGGGAGUGGCUAUGGGGUAACCAGCCUGGUGCAGGACACCAGGGCUUAAUGAACGGCCAUGAGAAUGGGGAUAUUCCCCAACAGCAACCAACCGCUGAAGUUUCAGAGGAUCAGGUACAGACUCUUGUUGAGAUGGGGUUUUCCAGACAAGAUGUCCUUCAUGCUCUAACAGUGACAAAUAAUGACAUAAACACUGCCACUAAUGUGCUAUUAGCCAAUGCCUCAUGAGCAAAACGUAUUCCUGGUAUUGAUCCUACACACAUGCCUGGCUCUGCCUGAAAAAAAAGAAAAAAAAUCUCAGCAUUUUAGUAUACGUGUCAUGGUGUUGAAUGUUGUGCUGGUUUUAAUCUUUGUACAGAUGAUAUAAGUAAUGUAUAAUAACUUAACUGGUGAAAAAUUUGACAGUUGGAGAAAUAAACUGUUGUAUAGUA